CUAGGAACAUAGCCAGCCUCGAUCGAUCAACCCACAACCCAUGGCGCCGCUCAUAACCAUCUCGCCGGUAGUGAUGGCGGCGGCGCUGAUGCUGCUGACGUCGCGGCCGCUCUUGGCCGGGGCGGUGGUUAAACCAGAGGAGGCGAUAGGGAUGCCCGGCUGCGACACCGCCUGCGGCGACAUGAAGGUGCCGUACCCCUUUGGCAUGGGUUCCCCCAGUUGCUACUGGCCAGGGUUCAACCUCACCUGCGACCGCACCGGCAAGACUCCGCGGCUGCUGUUCGGCGACGGAAGCCUCCAAGUCCAAGAUAUCGACUUCGCAAAUUCCAUGCUGUCCGUCACACACACCGGCGAGAUAAAAACCGACGCCAACGGCAGUGGCUGGUUUGUCGGGGGUAUCAGGGACGACGGACUCUAUAUGCUGUCAUCUGACAGCGAGCUCGUCCUGACAGGCUGCAACGUGCGGGCGACACUCAAAGACGGCGGUGGUGCCACCAUCAGCAGCUGCUCCUCGCUCUGCGGAGCCGGUCAUGAACCAGUCACGUACGUGCCUUCCAGGCUCCAAGGCGGGAUGCUGUGCACUACCAUAGGCUGCUGCCAGGCGGACAUCGUCGACCAGCCGGUGGAGGCCGCGUCGAAGCUUUCCUACGGUGUCCAGCUAGACUACUUUGGCGGGAAUCGCACCACGGACCUGGAGCGGCUGCCGGCGCGCGUGUUUGUCGCGACGAAGGGGUGGUUCAAGCAGCCCAGUGUAUCCGACGAGCUUUUGCAGACGAGCCGGGCGCCGUCGCAGGACGCUAUGGCGGUUCCAGUUUCGUUAUGGUGGCAGGUCGUCGGCCAUGGCGUGGAGCCCGACAGCAACGCGACCUCGGAGGUGUGCCCCGAGAACGCAGCUAGGAGCGUGUGCAGGAGCAACGACAGCGUCUGCUCCAAGGGUUCAAAAGGAUAUAGUUGCCUCUGCGAGAGUGGUUACCAGGGCAAUCCCUACGUCGCCGGCGGCUGCACAGGUUCAUCCUUUUAUUUUGCACCAUUAAUUUGAUUUGAUUUCGAUCUAGAUUACUUUGUUCUUCCAACCCUUUUCCAUUAAAAAUCUGGAUUACUUUCUAAA